AUUGCCAAAUAUCUUCUGGAGGUAGACCGUCUUCUCAUUCAUCAACAGUUGGAGAUAAUAGAAGCUGUGAUUGGAUAUGAGACCAACAACAAAUAUGAAGUUAAGAACAUAAUCGGCCAACAGAUCUACUUUGUCACUGAAAAGUCUAACUUCUGCUGCAAAAUGUGCUGCGGGUCAAGGCGUGCUUUCAAAAUUAAACUUGUGGACAAUAUGGGAACAGAGGUAAUCCGCAUGAAACGAACCUUGCGAUGUCAGAGUUGCUGGUGUCCAUGCUGUUUGCAGAAGUUGGAAGUACAAGCCCCUCCAGGGGAACCUAUUAGCUACGUGGUCCAGAAAUGGCACCCAUGCUUACCCAAGUUUGUCAUUCAAGAUAAAAGCACAGUUCCUGUUUUGAAGAUCCUCGGCCCGUGCUGUCUUUCUAGUUGCGGCCAUCCAAUUAAGUUCAAGAUUAAAGAUUUUCAGACAUCAACAAAAGUUGGAAGUAUAACAAAGAAUUGGAGUGGAUUUCUCACUGAAGCUCUCACAGAUAAGGAUAACUUUGAAAUCAACUUUCCAAUGGGGCUGGAUGUUAGGAUUAAAGCAGCCCUGAUUGGUCUAUGUUUUUUAAUUGAUUAUAUGUACUUUGAAAUUACACCACGAUGAGAAGUGAGUGAUUGGAAUGGAGUAGAAAGGCAACGAUACAACUUGAGGACCAAAUCACUGUGAAGCUAUUUCAAGACUUUUAUUCCCACUCUCUGUGGAUCUCCCUUUCCGAGAGAACAUUCAUUUGAAUUGAAAAUUAAUUGGCUUGGCAUUGACAUCUCCAGUAAAGAUGAAGUAUGACCAUGUUGAGGCUGAAAGUGCCUUGGAGGGAACAAGGAGAACUGGUGUAGUGGUGCAGUGGAAAGGAUGCUGCUGUGCAGAAACCACCCAGAAUGGUUUACCUCUAAAGUUCACAAGCAAUCGAUCUUGAAAUUACUCCAUGAAUUGCAACUGCAUGCACACUAUAAUAAAAUCAAAAAGUUCUGCAAUUACUUAAUGUGCCAGGAAGAGUCUGUGAACAGCAAAAAGAAAAUAAUCAAAGUUCAAGUUUAAAGUCUGAGUCUCUAAAGUUUAAGCUUAAUUACCUUUCAUCAGAACUAAAUUAAACAUCACACAACACCAGAUUAUAGACCAACAGGCUUAUUUGGAAAUAUUAGCUUUUGGAGCGCUGCUCCUUCAUGAGGUAGCUACCAUCCUGGCUUUCAUCAGGAUUGGAAGCGAUUAAAUGUGUGAAACUUGUUUUUAAGCAAGUAUAGAACUAGGGGAAAGAGGAAAUGAACAGUGUGGGGGUUCUGUGACAGAGUGGCAGAGAAUAGGAAUUAAAUGACAAA